GUUGACGACCAAAGCAAGAGCGAUGGUAAAGCCCUGCGGGACUCCGGAGCCGGCACUGUUGAGAGUGGCUCGGAGGACGAAGUAGAGAAGACUACCAAGGUCCAGCUGGACAAAGUUCUGACCGCGAUACGCGAAGGCUGCCGCGAGGCAGGACUCGGAGGAGACCAAGCAGAAGAAAGCCGACGAGGCGGCCUCGCACUCCGCGAUGGGGGUGUGGGUCAUCAACCAGGGCAACGCCCGAUGCAGGCCGGGCGCGAAGGCUACAUCAUUCCAAGAAGCUGUUGCCGCCGACAACAUCGCGUUGGGUUCCCGCUCCGGUGCAGUGGACGGUGGCCGUGCCAGCGGUCGGGUGAAUCCGGCCAGCAGCAUCGGGGGGGAGAGGCCCGCGUCGGAGGCUUCGGCGGGUGGCGCUGCCAGCGGUCGAUCGAGCCCGACCAUGAGUACGGGCGGGCUAGACGAUGACUUGUCGCCCGCGGGGAGCGGGCCAUCGAGGAAGGUUCCACCGCUUGGCGAAUAGGUGAAGCACAUGGGGUCGCUGAGCAUUCCGACGCUUGCGCAGAGUGCCGGGGUCACCACGGAGGAGGCGGACUACUUCCUCAACACGGGCUUCACGGCCGACGAAGUUCAGCCGGAAAGGGCCGUGGCCAUGAUGACGGUACUACUCGACAAAAGGCUUAGUCUCCAGCGCGACGGAGACAGCGUCCAGGACUACAUGGAUGAUCUUGGUGAAGAGGAUAUGCAGCUGCCCGGGUUUGAUAGGUUGACGAGUCGGUCAUGCUGCUCGAGCUCUACGGCGUGGAAAUGAUGGACUUCCGCAGCCUGCCGGAAUCGAAAUGGUUUCACAGCGGAUGGCCCAUAGAAAGUGUUACGUUGGACAAGGUGCUUCAGGUUACG